AUGACAGAGCAUCUCAGCCCCGACUCUUUUAAUGCCCUCGACCCCGAAGAACAAGCAAUAAUUCAAGCUCGAUCGCGGUCGCCUCACCCGUAUCACCACCAGAGUACAGACCUGCCGCAUCUUCAGGAUCGAUUUUCUCUACGCAACCGCCAAGCGCAAUCCGCCAAGACCAGUGACGAUGCUUCCCCCGAGACAUCAUCGACAACAUGGCCAUCUUUUCUCAAGGACUCUCCGCAGACGAGCGAUAGCGGCUCCGAAGCCGACGACGAACAUUACUUGAGAGGUUUACCAGCGCCAAGGUCAAACUUGCACAAAGGGCUGAGAGGUAUUAAUGAACCUCUGUCUGGGUCUUCGUCACCUCUUCCGUCACCAGCACUUUCCGAUGGCCAGACUGUACGCACCAUCGACAAGACGCCUACGCCUAUUGAGACACCGGAAGCAAAACGUUUGCUCGAAGCUCUUAAACGACGAAGACGGGUGGUUGUAAGACGUGCAACUGAGGCGGGCAUUGUUCUGGCUUUGGGCCUUAUGGUAGCUUCAAAUUCACAGGUUUUGCAGCUCUUGAAGAUAUGGGGCAAAGAUAUCUUACUUCUCGGCCUUCUGUACGCCGGGCUCCUUUUUCUGUAUCCCAUUCGGGUUAUGGCCUGGGCCUACCGCAAGAAGUCACCAUCCCACACAGUACCCCUCGAACUGCCAGCACAUUUCGACCCCGCUCCUAUAUUAUACCCUUCGGCAAUUACCCUCUUCGUUUCACUUCUGAUCUCGUCGAAUAACCCUGCCGCAAUACUUCCGAACCUUGUUCUGAGUCUUGCUUCUAUUCCACAAAGCGUUAUUCCAAAAGUCGACUCAUAUGCCACCUACGAUGUUAUAGCAUGGGGUAUCACUUGCAUACCAUUGGUCUGGAGUCCAAAGACGCGAGGAAACUUCGAAACCAAACACCCUGAAGAUUUCAUAUCAGGAGAAACAGCAGUGUUGCUGUACCCUCUUCACCAAAGUCUAUGCGUUGUCUUACAUUAUCUUACCACCACAAGUCUAUUGACGGCUGAGCUCCAGCUACUGUCAAUCGCACUUAUCAACGUUCUACUUCUUGCCUCUUCUCCCCAGAUUCUCAUUCUCAAGGCUCUCCUAUGGGGUGGUGGCUUGUCGCUUCUUGUAUUCUGUGGUCCUGUCAUUCGUUGGGGAAUUACGUUGGCCAGGGUGCCAAAGUGGCGGUUUCGUAGAGUUUCGUUCAAUCAGCAGCCACCAUUAUGGAAGAGUUUCUGGCAAUUGUUCUCUCUGCGCCGCCUCAGGAACGAAUUGUUGAGAGCCGAGCAUGAGGAUGCGGUUUACGACACCGCUGGUUCCUCCGAAGACGAAGGGGGUCCUUUGCUCAGGAAGCCCGCAAAGGUACAAACAUUCGGGCCUAGCUUUGCCGGUCCGGCAGACGCUGAUAGCGCGCCGUCUUCCCCCACAGCUGUGGAUGGUUCCGGCAACUGGUCGUUCGCUCGGAGACAUACUUUACCGCACCUUGACUCGGGGAACCGACGUAAUGCAACACAUACCCCCUCGGGGCGUAGAAAACGGGCAACGUCCAUGUCUGUUCGACCCUUCUUCAAACUGACACAAGAGCAAGCGACAAUGAGGAAGUGGCUUUACGCCGGGUAUGUUUAUGCAAGCAUACUGGUGGUCGUUUUGGGCGGCAUCCGUACUUACGUUGAAAGGGUUGCUCUAGACGGCAAUGAACCCAUUGGCUGGGCUCUAGGUUACCUUCUGGGUAAUUGGUCUUGGUUUCGAUAUCAAGUUAGAAGUUACAACUUAGAACGAUGGAUUUGCUUACCCCCAAGGGUGGAUCCGACAGAAGACAAGCAGUGCCGGCUUGGAUGGGUGCAGCAUGUUCGCCAUAACGACUUUGGUGAAGCAAACACCCGGCUUCUGUUGAGCGUCUACUGGUUGGGCAUCCUGAUUCUUGGUCUGACCAUCGUUUUUCGACUCAAGGAUAUUUAUGAGGUAGACACACGGCGCAAGGUAUUUCACUUUAUGAUGGUUGGGAUGUUCCUACCUGCAACGUUUGUGGAUCCUACAUACGCAGCUCUGGCCCUCUCAUUAAUUCUGGCGGUGUUCCUGAUCUUGGAUCUUCUCAGAGCGAGCCAACUUCCCCCACUAUCGAAGCCUAUUGCCUCAUUCCUAGCGCCGUAUGUUGAUGGGAGGGAUUUCCGCGGCCCUGUCGUUAUAUCACACAUCUUCCUUCUUAUUGGAUGUGCGAUUCCUCUCUGGCUAGGCCUUGCUUCCUUACCACGCACGGGAUCUGGCUACCUGUCUGGCUGGGAAGUGUCAGCUCGGGAUGUCAGUCUUGUCUCUGGCGUUAUUUGCGUAGGACUCGGAGAUGCAGCGGCUUCACUCAUAGGUCGUCGAUACGGACGUCGGAAGUGGUUCUGGGGCGGUGGCAAGAGUCUCGAGGGCAGUUUCGCGUUUGCAGUGGCCGUUGUCUUAGGCCUUGGCGCCGCCAGUAUCUGGCUACGAGUUGGCGGCUGGCCAGUUGCUGGUGACCAGCCGGGGGCCAUUGCUGGUACUCGAAAUGCUGUUAUGUGCGCCUCGAUGGCGAGUCUAACAGAAGCGGUUCUUACCGGCGGAAAUGACAAUGUCAUUGUGCCCGUGGUGCUCUGGACUUGUGUGAAAAGCCUGGGUGUCUAA